CCGUAGUAUAAUCAUAUUUACAAGCCCUACCUGUCUCCGCUCAGAUGGAAUGCUUGCAGACGCAUCACUAAUAAUUGCUGUCUCGAAACGGAAGUAACCGCGUAGCUGCAUAUUAGACUCAGCCACCACCGCUUAUGCCGCCUUGCAACGGCCCAUUCCGACUUUACCUUCUUAAUUUUAUUCUUAUAGCUUUCAUCUUUAUAUUCACCUUCAUCUUCACUUCUGUUCUACUCUUUUCCUGUUUCCCUGUCCGCGAAGGGAGCAAAGAAUACUCACAUGUAUGGAAUUAUUAGCGCGAGCCUGCAUCUGGCCACCUACCCAACCAAGCUGGUUGGCGCCAUCUCCGUCUCAAACGCCCCUAUCCGAGAGUUUUUCCGUCUCAACUGUUUCAAGUCGCAUGAUCUGGCUUACGCGUGGGAAAACGCCGCAGAAUGGCAGAAAAGCCGCGGAUCAACGGGCACGCCUCAUACUCUCAAUGGCGAGCGAGAUUGAAGCAAACAAAGAGCCAGCAU